AUGCUAGACCUCCAAUAUCAGUAUGGAUUCCUCACUAACUACGAUGAGACGAUUUUCUUGCGACAAAGAUAUAACGGAGGACGUGGCUCAUCGAGUACUGGCCAAUUGUGCUAUCGGACAACCAAUGAGCGCACAACCCGGAUUUUGCCCGCGGCCCUCUGGGUGCGCGACACUGAUUGGACGCCAGACACUCAGAAGGGGUGGAUACUCAGCCGUCGCCGCCAUCACCAACAGACGAAGACCAGCUUUCCUCCAAAGACGUUCGUCUCCACCGGCGGUUACAGCCGAGAUUGGUGGCACAAUUCCGCUCCGAUAUCUAGCGCUGUGGCUCCCCCAUCUGAUCCUGCCUAA